AUGCUUGGACCACCUCGAUCACCCCAAAGGCUUCCACCUCCCCCAUCGCCAUCAAGGUCGCUCAAAGGCAUGGAGAAGGCCGUGCCACCCGAGACACGAUCAUCUAGCCGAUCGCCAUGCUCUCCAGCGGCGGACAUUAAUAAACCUUUACCGCCUCCAGCGUCGUCGGCCAGGAUAUCACCAUUCUCUCUAGUGCCGUCGUCUAGGACGUCACCAUUCUCCCCAGCAGCAGACAAGGACAAGCCGCUACCCGAAUGUCCUAGAAGAAGUUCUAGUGUCUAUAGUGCUGAUAGCGGGUACAAUGGAAAUGUUGACAGCUAUUCAGCUCACAGCCAUGAGCAGGAGCAACCCAGGCCCUUAGUCAUACAGCCGAUUGCAUACAAAGAAACCAUUUCGGCUCUUCUUCGUCGUCGUCUAGAAGAUCCCCCAUCUCCAAAGUCAAUUCCUUCUGAAAAGAGCGUUGGCACACUGGCUUCCCAGACUUGGCCUCAAUCCGAUCUGGUCUCUCCCGAAUGGCCAACGAUGUCGGGCAUCACAGCGCCAUCAGUUGCUGACAGUCGAAGCGCGCCAAGCUUUAAGGAGUUUUCAACAAAUCUCCGAAACAAGAGACAGCACGUCGUUGAGGCGACGCCUUUACCGCGGACAUCUUCACCUCCACCGCAAGCGUCUUCUGAUUUCCGAGCAGUCUCGUAUGAGUCAACUAGAUGGACUCCAGAGAUUUCACCAAGGACCUCGGACGUCAUUGACGGGAGUUUGGUACCUGCUCCACUGGCUGUCGGGAGAAAUAGAGAUACAGUACGAGAAGUUGUACGGAUAACGAACGACUUGGAACCGCCCGUAGGAGAAGAAAGAUCCCAGAGUCGAUUCUCUUCCUCAUCUGAUGACUUCGUGAUAUACACUGGUGUAAAAGAAUCCGUCAUAGCCUAUGUGCGCCAGAAGAUGCAGAAUAAACGUGACAGUUCCAAGAAAGAAAGAAAAAGAGUCAUGUCGGCGGCAUCUGCCAAAUACCCAGGCAUGAUGACGGCAAAGGAAUAUGAUCGCAAACACUCAACUGUGUCGAGGAAGUCCAGCGUCCAGCAAGGAUUUUCAUCCGUUUACGAUAAGAUCAGUAAGCUGUCGAUGUCAUCAGGUCAGAGCAAAGAAGAGGAACAGCAGCCACGAGGUCGAAAAAAGCAACUGGCAAUCCCCACGAGUGCAUAUCAGAAAUAUGGAGCAGCGGUAUGGGAAGCACCGAAGCGGGGCAAGAAGCCGAAACGGUCUUCUGCUCCUGCGAAGACGCUGACGAAGAAGGAUAAAGACGGUCAGGCACAAAGGCAUCCCAGCAUUUCAAUCAGCCCGACCGAAGUUAUAGGCGCUUUCAAGAAUGGUCGAAAACAAAUGAUCCAUGUUCUCGAUGACACGAAGCACAGACUGAAGCGGUCCGAAUCGGAGAAGAGGAGAGAUGCGCUGAAGCAGAGUAUCAAGCUUGUCGGACCUGCUGACCAUGUUUGGAAUGGAGGAUGA